AUGGGGGUCUGCGAGCGGUGCCGACCACGCGGGGCGCAGGCCGCAAGUAGUACGGGGGCGUGUGGCCGCUGGCUCCCUGCCCCCCGCCUUCCGGCGCGGCGGGAGUGUGGCGGGGCCGGGCGGCCCGGGGGCGGGCGGGCCGGGCCUUGUUGCUGGGUUACCGGGUGGCUGAGCGGCCCCGCAGCCAAUGGCGGCGGAGCGGGGGCGGGCGCCGUGACGGCUGCGGGUCGGCGGUGGCCGGGAGGGCUCAGUCCGGCCGCCGCCGUCGCCGCCUCCGCAGCAGUGGCUGCCGCCGCCGCGCUCCCGGCCGCCGGCCUCUUCUACUGGGUGGGCGCGCUCGGUGUCCUCUACGCGGCGGCGGUGGGGUCCUACCGGUUGCUGGCCGGGCUCCGCCUCUGGGUGCUGGGCAGCGGAAACGCCACCGUGGGACCGGCGCUGGGCGCCUGGGCAGUGGUCACAGGAGCUACUGAUGGGAUUGGAAAAGCUUAUGCAGAAGAGUUAGCAAGACGUGGGAUGAAGGUGGCUCUGAUCAGUAGGUCGAAAGAAAAACUGGACCAGGUUGCUGGUGAAAUAAAGGAAAAGUACCAAGUGGAAACAAAAGUCAUUGUGGCAGACUUUGGGGAGAGAGAAGAUAUUUAUAAUAGAAUCAAAGCAGGAUUGGAAGGCUUGGAAGUCGGCGUUUUAGUGAACAAUGUUGGAAUAUCCUAUGUUUAUCCUGAAUAUUUCCUGGAUAUUCCUGAACUGGAUAAAACAAUUGACAACAUGAUCAACAUUAACAUCAUGUCUGUUUGUAAGAUGACCCGGCUGGUGCUGCCUGGCAUGCUGGAAAGAUCCAAAGGGGUAAUCCUGAAUAUUGCCUCAGCUGCAGGGAUGUAUCCAACACCACUUCUGACUCUUUACUCCUCAACCAAGGCUUUUGUGGAUUAUUUCUCCAGAGGCCUCCAUGCAGAAUACAAGAGCAAGGGCAUCAUUGUGCAGAGUGUUCUACCAUAUUAUGUGGUAACAAAACUCUCCAAAAUCCGGAAAGCAACCUUUGAUAAGCCCACUCCUGAAACCUAUGUCAGAGCUGCCUUGGGCACAGUGGGUCUGCAGUCCCAAACCAACGGGUGCCUGCCCCAUGCCCUCAUGGCAUGGAUCUUUUCUCUUCUACCUACACCUUCUGUCAUUAAUUUUCUCAUGAAAACAAACAAGCAAAUACGGGCUCGUUACUUGAAGAAAAUGAAGGAGAAAUAAGUCAGAAGCAACUUGAUCUCAGAAACCUGGGGCUCCUGUAGGUUCCAUGCCCACGCUGCAGCAUCAAGUAGUUCCCAAAGUCUUCAAUCCUAGGUGUACUUUCUAACAAACAAAACAUUCAUGUGCUGAAGACACAGGUGAAACAGGACCUUUAACUUCUAAUAUUGAUUAAAAAAUAGGCUUUAUUUGUUUAUAGCUGUUAUUGGGGGUGGGAAGUGCUUUGGACAAGAAGUACUUACAAGGACUUGAUCAGGGUGUUGUGGCCAUCACAUCUAUGUAUUCUGCACAUGGGUAAAAGUCAGAAAAAUAGUAGUUCUUACCUAUUUCUGGACAUGUGUGGGGGAGUGGGAAGGAAGCAUAUUUAUUUUAAAAAGGUAACCUAGCACUAUUGACAGAGUGUAACUUUUUCCCAGCUCAGGUUUUGGGUACUUACAAGGAUUCUGUAUUUUCAGCCAGCUCACAACUGCUCCCCUGCUUGCACAGUCCAGUGUGGUUUUUGGUUAGGAACUUCAGGGAAAUGGACCAAACCCCAAAAUGAGUGUAAUUGCUCAUCUAUAAAUAUAUACAUAAAACCACGUUGCAAAAAGUAUUAAAAUUCCUUGGUUCUUGAGUAUGGAUUCUAACUUUUCAGUAAUAUAUAAUCUGUAUGAUUCAUAAUAACAUUUUUAAAAGUUCAGUGCCUGCUCUUUGUAAUAGGUGGUGGUAACACGAUGUAGAUAAAUGUCACAAGUUUUGUUUUUUGCUGGUUGCUAUGUAAAAGAUUAUGGGCACUUUAAAUGCAGAGCUUGAAAUGAGUUAUUCUUCUUGCUAGCAAUGAUGUUUAAAUUCUUUUUGAGGUAAUGUAUCAGUCUGGUUUUUGGUGAGACCCUUUGAAAUGUUAAUCCUGAAUAUUUGAGACAGCUUUAAAAAUGAGAACUUCUCUAAAUGUAGAAAAAUUUAAAAUUCUUUUUAAUUUGUGUUCAAAUUAACUGAUUAGUUUCAUGGUUCUGUUCUGAAAUCGGAUGCUCCAGUGAGGAUGAAAUUACCCAACUCCAGGAGAUACAGGAAUCAGAUUAUAUGAGAAACCUGCACUGCUGUUGUCAGUAUUUGUGUACUCUUUUAAUAAAAAAGACUUUGACAUCUAACAGUCCUUUUUAUCAACAUAAAACAUACCAAAACUUACAAGGCAAAUCAAAUUGCAAGCAGGUACCAAUGUUUUCUGUGGUGACCUCCUGUGGCUGAAGAGUGGAGGUUGUUUUCUGUCCUUGAAAUAAUAAUUUCAAGCUCUGGUUUUGAAGUAAAAUAAGUUCUACUGAGACAUGAUUUGGGGCUAACCUUUCUGUACAUUGAAAAAACCUGAAUACCGAUGCAAUGGUGCUGAUCAAAUAUGAGAUGCAGAUCCUAUUCCAUAGCUUUCUUAAUUUUUUGGAACAGGGAUGGUGAAGUCAGUGGUAUUAAGUUCUGUAAGAGCUUGGUUUGCUCUGGAUCUGAUGUGGAAGGAUUUGACUAAAAAGUCUGUAUGUCCUUGACUUUAUAAGACAAAUAAAAUGGAAUUCACUCUCUA